CUUACUAUCUAAAAAAGGGUCAAUAUGAUGAUAAAUCGGUACUAAAUGUUCCGAAGAUGUGACAUUGUCAGCAACACGGUUCGCUUUUAGUAUCACGUUUAGCAUUCUAUCAAACAGAAGUAUUAAUCUAUAUUGCAUGUACUUCUCCGGACUUAUAUAUUUAUUUUUAUGAAGUCCCUCUGAUUUGUACUUUUGUUCAUGAGGGAGUAUGUCCUAAAUAAUAUUUACUUUCCUAACUUCUACACUAAUGUAAUAAUUUUAUAGAAAAAAACAUAUGUUUGUUGGCAAUGCAGAUCAAAGUCUUCAAAAUGAGAAGCCAAUGAUGAAUCGGGACCCACAAAGUUCAACUCCCCAAAUUGAAUCGAAAAUCAGUUGUGAUCGUUCUCACUAUCAUUAUGAUCUUUGCUCAAUCAACGGUCCAACAGUGUUAGACCCCACCACAUCUACUUUCUAUGUUAUUGGGCCAUCAAGCCCAAAACUUUCGAUGCAGAAAAUAAAACCUUACCCACGAAAAUGGGAGAACACCACAAUGUCCAAUAUAAAGGAGGUAACUUUGUUGUCCGGCCCACAAAGCCCACAAUGUGACAUUAUACACAACACCACAGCAAUUGUAUUCAGUGUGGGAGGGUACACAGGAAACUUUUUCCAUGAUUUUAAUGAAGGAUUUCUUCCCCUCUUCAUCACCGUCCGAUCAAUGUCUUUAUCUAAUCAAGAUGUUAUGCUUGUGAUCACGAGAUCGCGUGAUUGGUGGGUUAGUAAGUACACACAUCUCAUUGCUGCAUUUAGCAACUACCCAAUUAUAAAUCUUGAUAAUGAGACUAAUACCCAUUGUUUUAAAUCUGCUACUUUGGGCCUAAUCUCACAUGGGUUCAUGACUAUUGAUCCAAAAUUGUUGCCCAACCCAACAACGCUUCUCGAUUUCCAUUAUUUCUUAAACAAGGCCUACGGUAAAUCCCAAAACUUCGUUUCUCGAGAUCAAAUGGAUCGGCCCAAAUUGGUCUUAAUUAGCCGAGCCAAUGGGACGGGCCGAACAAUUCUGAAUCAAGUUGAAAUCACAACCAUGGCGGAGAAAAUGGGCUUCAAUGUGAUUGUAUUUGAGCCCAAGCCCGAGACUUCGUUGUCCGAAACUUUUAGGGUUUUGAACGAGAGUCAUGUAAUGGUUGGGGUCCAUGGGGCGGCAUUGACCCAUUUAUUGUUCCUUCGACCCGGUUCAGUGUUUAUACAAGUGGUACCCAUAGGAACUGAUUCGAUCGCGGAUAUGUGUUAUGGAAGACCCGCUAAAGAGAUGGGCUUGGACUAUUUGGAGUAUAAAAUAAGAAUUGAAGAGAGCAGCUUGGUUGAAAAAUACAACAAAUAUGACCCAAUUCUUCAAGACCCAAUGUCCCUUGAGAAAAAAGGGUGGCCCGUUUUGAAAAGGGUUUACUUGAAGGAGCAAAAUGUUGAGCUAAAUGUGUUUAGUUUUAGAAAGUACUUAAAGUAUGCAUAUAAAAAGGCUAAGAGAUUCAUGUAUAAGGUUGGAUAG